AUGGAUACGAAAAAAAAUCAUCAAGGUACAAAGCACAAAUUAUACUUUAAAUAUCAAAAUGUGUUUGUUUAAACAGACGUGAUAUGUUGUCAAUCGAGAGAAUUUAUGUUCGUAUGUUGUCGAAGAUGUCGAUCUAUAAAAUUUGCUGCAAGUAUCUGAAGGAGAAUAUAUUACAGAUACUUGGCAUGUGGUGUUGUUAUAUAUACAAUAAACGUUUGAUGUUUUAAAUAGUAUUUUCUUUUCUUAAACUUAGGUGGGAAAGCUUACGGGGCUCUGAAAAGCAGCCAAGAAGAUAAAUUGGACGAAAUAAAUAAAGUAUGUUGUGUGUAUACUGUAAAUCAAAGCAUGGCUUCCGUGUGUCGGAAUGCAGCCAAAAGCAAUUUAUUAUUUAAGACACUCUUUAGCUUUUAACUGUAUCUGUACAGGCUUCUACGGGCUUCAAAAGCCAGGGUAUGAAUAAAAGUUUAAGGCUUGUACUUGUCUUUUUUGUUUAGGAAGAAGUAUCGCCUGUCAUGCUUUAAAAUUUUGAGCCAAGCGGAAAGACAGCUUUUGACUAUUGUGACAUUUUAGGAAUGAAAUUUUUGUUUACAAUAGUUUCUUUUAAUAUAAACUCGUAUAUAUCUGCAGUCUUAGACUGGCAUUUUCGUGUUUAAGUAAAAAUCCAAGGCCUAGGAAUGUCUCGAAUAAGAAUAAAUCCCUUUGGUCGUGUCUUUAUCAGUUAUUAUCACUUUCCGUCUUCGCGGAAGCACGUUUGGAUUUUGAAACCAACGUCUUAAAUGUAGUAUUUAAUAGUAAUAAUUUUAAUCCGUUCUCUUGAAGUCAUUCAUAAAUACAGGCGACUACGACGACGAGGAGGAAUGGCCCGACUUAGAAGGGACCUUGAACGCGUACAAAAGUAGGUCUAUUUUGAUUGUAUUGCGAUAAUUUCUGCUUAUAUAAACACGCGCCGUGGAAGCGAUUUAAACGAACAGCAGGGCACUGCUCCCACUUGACAAAAUGCGAAAUUAUAAAUACAUUGCAAUUUGCAACAAUCAUAUUUUGUUCUAAUUGAUAUUAAUUGUUUCGUUCAGAACAGUUUAUGGAAUUCGACGAAGACAAUUCCGGCGACAUAGGUAAGUUCUGUGUUUUAUAUCUGAUAUUGACAUAUGGAGUGUUUGUUUGUAGUAUGUCUGUGUUGAUCAUGAGAUGGUUUAAAAGAAUUUAGUAAUUAUGCUAAUCAUGCCGAAAUUACUGGGUUGUUCAAUAUUUUAAUUUCAAAACUAGAAAAAUAAGUUCUAAAGCUUUAUUUCACUGAAUAAAAAUUCUAUACAGAUAUCGGUAUACAGCGUUGUUCAUACGAGCUUUUUCCUGACCAUAAUUAAACAAUCGUUUGAAUGAACUUUCCACUGUUACUGGAAUCAAACUAUAAAGCCAAUUCAAAUUUGACAUGGCAUUUUGGUAUGUUAAUCAAAGCUGUGAUAAGCGCUUUAUUAAAUCAAUGGUCUUGGUUAAGCAGGUCAGCCCAACUCCAUGUGAAAAGCCCCUAAUUUAUGCAUUAAUUAGUCUCAGGAUGGGGAACUCAGGGUUUGUACGGGUCCUGGAAAACCUGGAAAGUCGGAAGAGGUUAUUUUGCUGGCCUCAGAGUGACAAAACGUAACAAAGCAACGGUUUUACUAACACCAAACCUAUUCCAAACACCAACUCUAACCAUAAAUCAUAAUCCUAACCCUAACCUAACCCUACUUCAAGUUUGUUUCUAAACCAAGCUUGAACAAAAAUUUUUUGAUGAAAUGUCAUUCUGAGGUCAGCGAAAUAACUUUUUCCUGGAAAGUCAUGGAAUUUCAAUAUUCCAAAAUCCAGGCAGGCUGGAAGUCCUGGAAAAUCAAUUUUAGUCAUGGAAAGUCAUGGAAAAUUGAAACUUUACAUAACAUUAACAAAGUAUUUAAACUUAUUUCAAUUUGCCAGUCAUAACAAUAAUAUGAAUUGUUAUAUAACAGAUUUUUGCAAGAGCGAUUUGUUAUAUAACAGAAUUAUGAAUUGUUAUAUAACAGAUUUUUGCAAUUUUGUUCUUUUCUCUGUUAUCUGAUUUUAUCUGUUAUUGUUAAAAUGUUAACGAAUUUCAGAAAUUCCAGACUUCCAGGUCAUGGAUUUUGAAAAAAAUGGUCAUGGGAAGUCAUGGAAAAGUCAUGGAAUUUUAAAUGGGAGAAGACGUACGAACCCUGGGAACUUUUCCUCAAUAACAUCUAUUUUUGAAAAGACUUUCAAGAAUGAUUCAAAUAAUAACUGAUAAUGUUAACAAGCUGUUAUUCACACUAAUUUUCCCAUAAAAUUCUCAAAUUCCAAAUGUGUCUAUGGGAUUUGAAGAUUGGAAUAAUUUAGGCAAAACUUAAACACUAUAUCAUGUCUCAAAUUCUCCAAUAAGAAAGCUAGGUUUGUACCGCAAGGGCAUGACAUUCAUUGAAUCACCCCUAUGUCAUCCUACUUGAUGUAACAGGUAACAUACUGUACCUCUCAUGACAUAUUUAUUCCCUGGUGCUACAUGUUGUAUUUUUGAAUGUAAACAGUCACCCGGGAUUACUAUAAGUUUUUAUAAUAGCCGGGAUCUCACUGUUGGCAUUGCCGAUUAACUCGCCUUGCCAGUAACUCGCCUCCAUAUAAACAGGCCCUAAUUCUCAGAGCAUAAUUUUCUUGAAUCAUAAUUCACCUGGUAUGAUCAAAAUGAUAUGUAACAGCUCAAAAAUACAUACAAAUAAGUUUUCCUGAAUUUCCCGGCGCUUAUUCUUGUAUUUUGAUGACAUUUUGUAAUGUAAUUUAACGUUUCAAAUGACUUAAAUCCUUUUUAUGUGUAUUGGCGCCAUUUCGGCAUCAUGUGGCAAUUAUGCAGCAAAUGCAGAAUAACUCGAUUCCAUAUAAACAGAGUGCUCUUUUGUCCCGGUUGGGCGAGUAACUUGCCUUGCCGAGUAAUUCACCUCCAUAUAAACAGGCCCUUAAUGUGCAAAACUCUGCAAUAUAUAUUAAAGAAGCAAUGAACAGUCCUUCAGAACAGGAAGUGCAGAAUAUCUAUCAUUGUUUGAAGCAGACUUUGAUGAUGAAAAUGAUGACAGAGUUUUUUGAAAACCAAAACUUUAGGCUUAAAAGUUGUUUGAUUUCCACUUCAGUCUUCAUGCUUCACGAAAUGUGGGUCAUUAAUAGGUCAGAUUUUUUUCAAUAUUUUUUUACUCAAAAUUAUAGCUUAUUAUUUUUUUAUUCAAGUACCCUCCAUCAUUAAGUAGAUUAUAACAUUUGGUGCAAAAAGAGAUUCUCCCUUAUUGUCGGUCAUGUGUGUCAUAAAAUGCACAUAAAUUUCAAUGAAUACUGACGUUUGUCAGUCUGGAAGUGAUUUUUAAAUGUUUGUUAAAGCUAAAACACAUUAAUUGUAUGUAUAAAAAAGGUCGGUGUCAUGAGAUACAGUCAUUCAGGAAACAGGAACCAGCAUUUUUUUAGGUUUUUAGCAUACUUUAGGUCUGAGAUUUGGGUUCUAUUGAAAGGAGUCUGUCAAUGCUCUGCUGAAGGUUGUGAGUUUUCUUUGGUUGCUCCAGUUUCCUCCCACAGGAAAAGUUGACAGGGUGGGUUGGGACAGACCUAGUUAGGAAAUUAUAUUACAAUUGUUGUAAAAGAUAAAUGUCUAGAAUAAGUACUGUAGGUAAGAUACAUGUAAGUAAGCAUAAUACUUGAUGAACGUGUACUCAUGCACCAAGUGAAACGUCCCAAUCAGGAGUGAGGAGGCCCACCAGGGGUGUGUUCCCAGGUCGCUUGUCACUCAUUUUGUAGCUGCUUUGUCGCUUGUUUUAUUGUAAUAAAUAUCGCUAUCACUUUUCACCCAUAACACAAAUCGCAAUUUUUUCCUUUUUCCCAGUCAGAAGCUGUUGUUUAUUACUUUAUGUUGCAUGUCGGUCAUAACUCCUUGGUAGGCAUUAUUCCAUUAGUGAGACUGCUGUUUGGGGUUUACAGUAUGCAAUGGCAAAUGAUGUUAACAUGGCCUUAAAACGAUGUGCAAUCUCUUGAAAAAGCUUAAGUUUGGUUUCCGUAUGGUCGUAACUGUCGCGAACGUGUUGUAACUAUCGCCAGAGUAGUGUUCGCGACCAAAUGGAAACAUGAAGAAAACUUUCGUUGCGACACGCUGGCAACAGUUCACUACAGUUACGACAGCGUCGUCGAGAUAGACUCGAGUUUUUUUCUCGACGACAGUUGCGACAGGCUAAAAACCUGUCGUGACGGUUAUUUUUUAAUGGAAACAGAAAAACGACAGCGUGGCAACAGUUUUGUGACAAUCGGGGGGGGGGGGAUAGGUCCUCUUUUUAAACCUGCCACCAGCUCUUUGUACGAUACCUGGGUACAAAAUUAACUUGCGACAGUGCACGACAGUGUCAUGACAGUUACACAACCAUAUGGAAAUCAUAGGCAGCCCAAUGUUAUGGUUGCCUGUGCGCGGGCAAGGCAUAUAGCUAUAGUUGUAUUAUUUCCUAAGGUAGGCAAAUGCAAUCAUGCAAACUAUACCGAUACAUAUACCUUCAAACAAUCCAAAAUACUUCAAAUAUCUUUACAACUACCCUAAAAUAAUAACGAAAAUAAAAUCUACGAUACUUUUACCAUAUACUAACAAUAUUUUAACGUAAAAAUAAAAGAUAGUUAAAACCGUCGAAAUGACAGUCAAUGAGUUUGGGAAUUCGUCAUUUGAAACGCCAUCAAAAACUUCGAGCGCGGGUCCAGCAUCGUCCCAUUCAAGAAUUGAACAAAAUUGCAUAAACGUUUCGUAUUUUUCUCGCACUACAAAUUUGUUUUGUACGUUAAAAUAUUGUUAGUAUAUAGUAAAAGUAUCGUAGAUUUUAUUUCCGUUAUUAUUUUAGGGUAGUUGUAUACAUGUAUUUUAAGUAUUUUGGAUUGUUUGAAAGUAUAUGUAUAUAUCGGUAGUUUGAUUGCAUUUGCCUACCUUAGGAAAUAAUACAACUAUAGCUGUGCCUCGCUCGCACACAGGCAACCAUAACAUUGGGCUGCCUAUGAUGGAAACAAGCAUAAAAAUCAUUCACGACAAACAGUUCACAAAUCACAACACGUUCACGACACGUUCUUGAUAGUUAAAAGGAAACCAAGGCUUUAUAGCAAAGUUCGAAUUUAUGAUGCAAUACUACUAUACCAUAUAAACAGAGCCUUCCAUAAUAAACCAUAUGCUCGGCCUAUUCAUAACUAUAUGCUGCAUACGAAUUGGUCAUAAAAUGAAAGUCCAUUCGAAAAACUGAACACUGAAUUAUAUAACAAGUUUGUAUGUAAAUAUGUUUUAAGAUAUCAUGGAAUUGAAACGAAUGAUGGAGAAACUUGGCCAAGCGAAAACACAUCUUGAGCUGAAGAAGAUGAUUGCUGAAGUUGACACCACAAAUUCAGGUAGUUUAUGCACACUUUUGACAGAUUAAUUAUAGCCCAAGCACCAAUCUUUACAGUUGUGGCAAUGGAAGUGUUCCUCCUUAAAUAUUCUGUACCAUUUCUAAUUCAUUUACUCACACAAUUCAUUUGGUGAGUUCUUUGAAAACUUGAUAAAUUUCCUGUAUUAAUUAACCAAUCAUCCUUUGGCUCUGGUGCAGACGUGCUGUUGACCAAUCAUAAAGAUCAAAUCAAAGAGGAAGUGACCAGAAAUUAUUAAAUACAAGAAGUUGCAGAUAAAUGGUGGUCAAAUGUCUAAAUGAGUUGGCUCGUGUGAGCAAAUCAAUUGGUAGAAUAUUUUAGGAACACUUCCAUUGCUUAAUGAUCGACUGCAGACUCGGUACAAGUCGACCAAUAUUAUUUAGCUGUGCCGUUGAGCCAACAUUUACUACAGUGCGAAUUUUAGCGAUGGAGGUUUGCCGAGUCGACUCACUGUGUCGCUCGGUUAACUUUAAUAAUACAGAACAAUAUUUUUUUAACAAUUGCUUCGUUUAUAUUCAGGAACUAUUACAUAUGACGAGUUCUUGCACAUGAUGCUGGGAAAGAAAUCAUCAAUUCUGAAAAAGUGAGUGGCCAUUUAUGCCUAACCUUUACAUGUAUGGUAUAAUUCAUUUGAGAUGGUAUGAUUACGAUAACUCAUGCUGCACCAAAGAUUUAUUAUCUAAAAAUUCUUCAUAUGCCGGAAAAAUUAAACCCCGGUUAUCACCUAGUUUGAAGCACAAGGAGAAGUAAAAUUUACAAUGAAUAUCAAUUAAAGCUGCGUUUACACGAUGCGAUUUGUCGUCAACGAUUCGUAGCCUGUGUAAUCGAAUAAGCACGUAUAAAGUGGUUGCAUUUCAAAUUUCGCCAUAGGGGAGUUUACGAUCUACGACGCGGCCGGCUCGACGACGCGCUUUCAAAACAAAGAAAUUUGGUGUUUCCACAAACAAUAAUAUUAUGUGUUUUAUCGCCAUGCAAACCUACAAAGAACUUACAAAGAAAUUUGUCAUGCAAGACAAAAACUGUCAAUAAUUUGUGGUCCCAUGAGUAUUGUCAAACGCGUUGUCAUUCUCAACACAACGUUAAAAAGCAUUUUUACGUCUUUCAGGCAACGCGAAAGCUUAAUGCGACACAAGAGGUGUUACUAAAAGUCGAAAUUACAGCAAACAUUGCAAUGAUUUAGCCGAACAUAGCAUUUUGUAAGGUUAUUUGAAAGAGUCAAAUAUUUAUUACAGUAAUCGAAUUGCUUAGCGCUCAUUCUUGAGCUAAAAUUUAGACCGCGUCGUUGAGCCGGCCGCGUCGCAGAUCGUAAACUCCCUACUGAAUGAAGAGGAACUGUGGCGUCACCACUAAAUUUCAUACGCCAGAAUAAUUGUACACGACAAAUCGCAGCGUAUUUCGAUUUUGAAAAUCAAAGUCCAACGUUCGUUGAUGUUUAAGACCAGCCAAUCAAAAUCCAUUACGUUCAAUCGUGACCAAUCAGAAUCAACUACCCAGAUCUGGGUAGCGCUGCUGGGGAUCGACAAGCAUUUCUUUUCACAGACUGCAUUACAGCAUAAUACCACAGAAUAAGAAGGGACAGCAGAAGUGUAACUCAAACAAGUAUUUGUCCUCGUUUUUACAAGCGAUUCGUCAUCAAUCACGCCAUCCUGGCUAGUACAACCGGCACUUUGUACCUACCAAAACCUGAUAAAAGCUUCCGGUUGUACCUAGCCAGGAUGGCGUGAGCGAGUUAAAAUUUUCGUGGACGUAAAACAACAAAGGAAUUGACUCAAGUUACACUUCUGCUGUACCUUCUUAUUCUUGUGAUAAUACAGUCUGUACAUAAGCUAUAUCCUUACUGGGAAUAUAGUAUUAAGAGAAACUAAUAAAUGAUGACUUAAUUUUUUUUUGUCUAGAAUUUUGAUGUUCGAAGCUCUCAUGAAAGAAAAGGAGAUACCAAAAGGCAUCCCUCCAAAACGAGACUUAUCCAGCUUGCCUUAA